AGUAAGUAGCACAUCGCCCAGCAUUAGAUGCCAAAAGCUCCGAUUUGCCUGCUCAAUUGCUGUGCACGUUGCCACUUUGCUUUCUUCUUCCAUUCGAGAACUCGCUAAAUUACAAAACACCAAAAACCAAAGCCUCUUGCCAACUACAAAACAAAACUCUUUCUCUCUCUCUCUCUCUCUCUAAAAUUCUCUCUCUUUCAGAAACGCACGCAAAAUAUUUAUAUUCUGGCCUUUUGGCUAUUUGAUUCCAAGUUUGAGUACCCAUCAUUUUAUCUGCUUAGCCUUUUUAGUGUUUCGUGUUUGUUCUUCUUCUGUCUGCAUUCAUGGUUGUUCAACUGCUGGGUUAAUAAGAGGAAAAAAGGAACUUUAUCCUUCACUGUUUUAUAAAAACUCAAUUUUUUGGGUCUACUCUGUCUCUUUGUGUAGGUUUUAAACAAGUAAUUACUUGUGGGAGCUGUAUUUUGACAAAUUGACAAUCUUUAAAUCUCUCCAACUUGCUGCAAAAAUGGAUUUUUCUUUCUUUUGAGGGCAUCCAUCAUGGAUCUGGAAAUUGGGCCUUUUCAAAACCAUGUUAAGAAAGAAUCAUGGAAAACAGUAUUGACUUUGGCCUAUCAAAGUCUGGGAGUUGUCUAUGGAGAUUUAAGCACUUCCCCAUUGUACGUGUACAAGAGCACGUUUGCUGAAGAUAUUCGGCACUCAGAGACUAACGAGGAGAUUUUUGGGGUUCUGUCUUUUGUGUUUUGGACUCUCACUUUGGUCCCUUUGUUAAAAUACGUGUUCAUAGUGCUAAGAGCUGAUGAUAAUGGGGAAGGGGGGACUUUUGCUUUAUACUCGUUACUGUGUCGACACGCCCGAGUCAACUCACUACCCAGUUGUCAGGUGGCAGAUGAGGAACUAUAUGAAUAUAAGAAGGAUAAUAUUGGGUUGGCACCAAGUUCAAAUUUUGGGGCGAGAUUGAAAUCUACGCUGGAGAAGCACAGGGUGUUGCAGAGGUUUUUGCUUGUUUUGGCUUUGAUUGGGACCUGUAUGGUGAUCGGUGAUGGUGUCCUGACCCCUGCUAUUUCUGUAUUUUCUGCGGUCUCUGGGCUUGAGCUUUCAAUGUCAAACGAGCAUCACAAAUAUGUAGAAGUUCCAGUAGCAUGCAUCAUACUGAUAGGCUUGUUUGCCCUUCAACAUUAUGGCACCCACAGGGUCGGAUUCUUGUUUGCUCCGGUGGUUCUAACUUGGCUUUUGUGCAUCAGUGCCAUUGGUGUAUAUAAUAUUGUACACUGGAAUCCUCAUGUUUAUCAAGCAUUAUCACCAUAUUAUAUGUACAAGUUCUUGAGGAAAACUCAAAGAGGAGGUUGGAUGUCAUUGGGUGGGAUUUUGUUAUGCAUAACUGGUUCUGAAGCUAUGUUUGCUGAUCUGGGACACUUCUCUCAAUUGUCAAUCAAGAUUGCUUUCACCUCAUUGGUGUAUCCAUCCUUGGUCCUUGCAUAUAUGGGGCAAGCUGCCUACCUAUCAAAGCAUCAUUUUGUCGAUAAUGAUUAUCGAAUUGGAUUUUAUGUAUCUGUACCAGAUAAAUUGAGAUGGCCAGUUCUUGUCAUAGCCAUACUUGCGGCAGUAGUAGGAAGCCAAGCUAUCAUCACUGGAACAUUCUCAAUCAUCAAACAGUGCUCUGCUUUGGGUUGCUUCCCAAGAGUAAAAAUUGUCCACACAUCAUCCAAAAUCCAUGGUCAGAUCUACAUACCUGAGAUUAACUGGACUUUGUUGCUGUUAUGCUUGGCUGUUACUGUUGGUUUCAGAGACACUAAACGAAUGGGCAAUGCCUCAGGUUUGGCAGUUAUAACGGUUAUGCUGGUUACCACCUGCUUAAUGUCUCUGGUAAUCGUCUUAUGCUGGCACAAGAGUGUGUUUCUUGCAAUAGGCUUCGUAUUCUUUUUUGGUACAAUUGAAGCCCUCUACUUCACUGCUUCCCUCAUAAAGUUCCUGGAAGGGGCCUGGGUCCCCAUUGCGCUUUCGUUCAUCUUCUUGAUCAUUAUGUGUGUCUGGCACUUUGGCACACGCAAAAAGUACGAGUUUGAUGUCCAAAACAAGGUCUCCAUUAACUGGCUACUAAGCUUGGGUCCCAGCCUUGGUAUCGUGCGUGUCCGUGGAAUUGGCCUUGUACAAACUGAGCUUGUGUCUGGAAUCCCGUCUAUCUUCUCCCACUUCGUCACCAACCUUCCAGCAUUCCACCAAGUCCUAGUCUUUCUCUGCAUUAAAUCUGUCCCAGUUCCACAUGUUAAACCAGACGAGCGAUUUCUUGUCGGCCAUAUUGGACCAAGAGAAUACAGGCUUUAUAGGUGCAUUGUACGAUAUGGAUACCGUGAUUUUCACAAGGAUGACAUGGAAUUUGAGAAGGACCUUGUAUGUAGCAUAGCAGAGUUCAUACGCUCGGGUAGCACAGAACUUGCUGGUGCAAAUGAAGAUGUGGGGAAGGAAGACAAUAAAAUGACAGUAGUUGGAACAUGUUCUACGAAUACAGAUGGAAUCCAACUGAGCGAGGAUGAUGGCGAUAUCAUAGAGUUAGCCAGCACAUCAGAGAUGAGAGAAAUAAGAUCACCGCCAGUGAUUUACCCGAGGAAAAGGGUGAGAUUCAUCAUCCCAGAAAGCCCACAGAUAGACCGAGCGGCACGAGAAGAAUUGCAUGAACUAAUGGAAGCUAGGGAAGCCGGAAUUGCUUACAUACUAGGACACUCAUACAUGAGAGCCAAGCAAGGAUCUAGCAUGCUGAAGAAGCUUGUAAUUAAUUACGGGUACGAAUUCCUAAGGAGGAACAGUAGGGCACCAGCCUAUCCUCUUAGUGUUCCUCAUGCAUCAACUCUAGAAGUAGGAAUGGUCUACCAUGUUUAAGUUUUGAUUAUACAGGAUAUACUUAGUCAUGUACAUUUUGUAAUGUUGUGAAAUAGAUCAAUCACCACCUCAGUUUUUUAGGUGGAUUAUAGAGCUAUCCUGUUGUUUAGUC